UUUAGUAUGCUACGCGCAUGCGACAAGCCAGCACCUCUCCCUGGCUAUCAUAAAUAACGCUCGUAAACACACCAUCAAAACAAAUGUAAGACAAAAUGGUCGCUAUCCUGGCGAACCCGAAAUGGAGCGAGGACUUGACGAUACAAAUGAUAAUUGAAUACGAGAAACGCGAGUAUCUGUGGAACCCGGUGUCCGAACAUUACAAGAACAAGAAAGUACGCGAGCAGGGCUACGUGGAGAUCAUAAACACGUUGAAUCUGGUAGAUGUUACUGUUAAGGAGUUGAAAAAUAAGAUCAAGAAUAUACGUUCGUCGUAUAGUGUUGAGCUGAAGAAGAUUCGAGCGGCGAGGAAAGCUGGGGCGCAUGCGUACAGACCCAGCGUCACGUGGUUUGAGCACGCAGACAGAUUUCUGCGGGCCAUCGUCACCCCGAGCUCCAUUGACAAUAGCUUGUUAGAGAUCGCUAUGAGUGACGACAGCGAUGUAGUUCAGGACUUGAGCGAACGAAAGUCCCCUGAGAAAAAGAGUCCCCGCAAACGUCGGAAUUCAACCCGCUCAUCAACGCCCUACGUAUUGAACACUCCGUCACCUCGUCCCAGUACACCAUUCGGUAUAAAUCAAACGUCUUUCGGAAUCCUCCCCACAUCUACAACCGCGCCGUUCCUCAACCCACCUGUUGGCAUAGCCACCCCACUAACCACCUCGCUCGCGACGAUAUACCCUCUGCCGACGAAACAAAAGAAAACAACGGACGAUCGCAGCGAUUCGGAACCGCAAGACUUGAGCCAACAUUCCGAAUUGGGAAAUGAGAACGAGUUCGAAAUGUUCGGGAAAUUGAUCGCGAGCCAGUUACGGAAGUUGCCGCUCAGCUUAGCGUUGGACACGCAAUUAAAGAUACAGACACUUGUGAACGCGGCGCGUAUACAAGCCGUUUAUCAACAGUACAGUUACUCGGGGCCGACACAAGAAGCUUUGUCACUGCAGUCGCUUUCAAACGGAAUACUGUCUGGAAUGACGCAAAGUGCAUAUUCACGACUACAUAAUGAUUCACCGGACAAUUUAAUCCGAGAAUUAAAAACUGAAUACAUGGGCUCGGAAGAGGACUAAAUAAAUAAACAAGAAGAUGCCAACGAUAAUUUUAAAAGAAUAUUUUUGAAUUCUAUACACGAAAUGGGCGCGAACUGACCGCCAUUUUGAAAUGUCAAUGUGACACGUCGUAGAUGAGUAAAUCAUAAAUCUUUAAACUACCUCCAAAUAUAAAUCAUAAUAUGUGUUUAGUAUUUAGAUGUUUAUAUGUGAUAGUUUUAGUCACAAUAAUGCCAAAGUACAAAUAUCUGUAUUAGAUUAAACUUUCUAAGCAAUUUAUUGGGUGUUGUAUUUAUAUUUAAAAUAAAACAGUUUAGAAGGAAAAUGGGAAAAGCAUAAAUGUUUUUGGUUGAUUUUACUUUUAUUUGAUAAACCCCGAUAUUUUUGUUUAGAUAGGUUCCUAUUAUAGCAUUAUUUUAAAAGAAUAUUAAUAUAUACUUAAUAUUGUAAGAUUAUUUUGAUGUUAGAUCUCAAUUUUUGGCUGUGUUUGAUUUAGUAUUUAAGUUUAUUAAAAUGUCAACUGAUAAAUCUGUAUUCGUGUUAAUGAAAAUUUAAACUAUUUUACAUAUUUAUGAUUUGAGGAAUGCGUAUACGAAUUUGCCUUAAUAUUUUCAAAGUAUUAACAUUUUGCAGAUUGAACUUACAUGUUUUACAUUUUUCGAAGCCAAAAUUAGAUGUAAUCUUUCCGAAUUAUUAUUAAGUAUUAAAUAUUUAACAAUAUAUAUAAUUUUAUUCUUUUUGACAUAUUAAAUGUUUUUUUAUUUUACCUAUAUAUUAAAAUGAAACAGGAGAAUGUUUAAAUUGUAUGUUAAUACAUAGAUUUAUUUACAAAACGAAUUUAUUUUUAGCGUGAUAGAUAUAUCAUAUUAUACUUGGAUGUGAAGUCAUAUAGAUUAGCUAAAGAUACCUCAACUUGAGAAUACAUUAGUUAAGUACAUUAAGUUGUUGUUCUGUGCCAGAUUUAGAUGUGAUCUUAUUGAAUAAUAAAUAUUUUAUGAAUGUC